GUUUAGGGCAGCAAUUACUUCCUGGAUUUCCGUGAAACUUCUUCCGAUACGAAGUAAUCACUAUUUUAAGAAUUUAUCAAGCAGUUAUGGGGCUGCCCUGACCAAGAUACGAUUUUAUCGAUGCCAUUUAUUUUAUUGAAACUAGAAGAUGACUGAGAAGUCUACCUUGCGAGUACAUCAACCCAAUGGUGGGUUUAACUCUGUAAAAUGUGGAGAUACUACAGAGUUCAAGACUAUAAUCCAUGCUGUCGUUACCAGAUUAGCAGCUGGUGAAAGGCCGUUAGAAUGUUGCUACGCUAUCCGAUUAGCCGACUCCAAAUCCAGUGACUGUUAUUGGAUUCAUCAUGACCUCACUGUGGGAUUCGUUCGUAAGAAGUAUGAGAGUCUACAUCAUGAUGGUGACUGGAAGUAUGAAUUGCGGAUACGCUAUCUACCGAAAAGUUAUCCAGAUAUGUAUGAAAAAGAUAAAGUCACGUUUUUUUAUUUCUAUGACCAGGUUCGUAAUGAUUACCUGGCCAGCACUGCUGAAAAUAUAGACCAGGACAUUGCCAUACAGCUGGGGUGCUUGGAAAUCAGGAGGUUUUUCAAAGAUAUGCCACAAAUGGCAUUGGACAAAAAAGCCAACUUUGAAUACUUAGAGAAAGAGAUUGGGUUGAAAAGGUUCUUUCCUAGGUCUGCGCUAGAAAGCGUCAAGCCGAAGAAUUUGCGGAAACUCAUUCUACAUUAUUUCAAGCAGUACAGUGGUCUUAAUGAGGAGCACUGCGUCUACCAGUUCUUUCAAUUAUUAGCAACAGUAUCAAUGUUCGAUCAAGAGAAAUUCAAAUGUGCCUUAGGGACUGGUUGGAGCAUAUCAGUGGACCUUGUAGUGAGUCCAAGAGACGGUAUUAGUUGUCUUACAGAUAAGGCAGCCUCUCCAACUCACAUGGCGGACUUCAGCCAGGUUGUUUCUGUGCAAGUCACAUCCACUGAAAACGAAAGAAAGGGAAUCUUACAGUUAAAAAUUGCAGGUGCUAAUGAGGCUGUGUAUAUUACUGUGCCCUCUGUCAACACUGCGGAGGACAUGGCAGAUAUCAUUGAUGGUUAUUGUCGGCUGACGUUGGAUUCCAAACAGUCAUUUAUGAUAAAGCCUCAUCAAG